GGAGUGUCGGCCCAUUGGUCUGAGUUGGUCUUCAAGUCCAUAAAGAGUUAGGUAGGAUAGUGCUGAGCCAUCACUGGACACCAUUAAAACAACCGUCUGUCUAUAGCUGCAUUACAGCCACCCACAGCAGUCCUCCCUUCUGCCACUGCAGUACCACGUUCUGUACCACUACUGCCCUGUUGGCCGGAUUAACUCAUAGGUGAGCCCUCUUCGGUCUCUGUUUGUGGUCCUCUUGUUUGUCUGAGCCUCCUGUUCUGUUGGCAUCUGUCGUCUGGUCUUCGUCUGUCUGGUCCUUUGUUCUGUCUGGUCCUCUGUUCUGUUGUCCUCUCUGUCUGUCUGGUCCUCUGUUCUGCUGAUCCUCUCGUUCUGUCUGAUCCUCUCUGUUUGUCUGAUCCUCUCUGUUCUGUCUGGUCCUCUCUGGUCUGUUGAUCCUCUCGUUCUGUCUGGUCCCUCUGUUCUGUCUGGUCCUCUCUGUUCUGUCUGAUCCUUCUGUUCUGUCUGGUCCUCUCUGUUCUGUCUGAUCCUCUCUGUUCUGUCUGAUCCUCUCUGUUCUGUCUGGUCCUCUCGUUCUGUCUGGUCCUCUCUGUUCUGUUGGUCCUCUCUGUUCUGUCUGUCCUCUUGUUCUGUCUGGUCCUCUCUGUUCUGUCUGGUCCUCUCUGUUCUGUCUGGUCCUCUCUGUUCUGUCUGGUCCUCUGUUCUGUCUGAUCCUCUCUGUUCUGUCUGAUCCUCUCUGUUUGUCUGGUCCUCUUGUUGUCUGCUGGUCCUCUCUGUUCUGUCUGAUCCUCUGUUCUGUCUGGUCCUCUCUGUUCUGUCUGGUCCUCUCUGUUCUGUCUGGUCCUCUCUGUUCUGUCUGGUCCCCUCUGUUCUGUCUGAUCCUCUCUGUUCUGUCUGAUCCUCUCUGUUUUGUCUGGUCCUCUCUGUUCUGUCUGGUCCUCUCUGUUCUGUCUGAUCCUCUCUGUUCUGUCUGGUCCUCUCUGUUCUGUCUGGUCCUCUCUGGUCUGUCUGGUCCUCUCUGUUUUGUCUGAGCCUCUCUGUUCUGUCUGGUCCUCUCUGGGUCUGUCUGGUCCCCUCUGUUCUGUCUGAUCCUCUCUGUUCUGUCUGAUCCUCUCUGUUUUGUCUGAUCCUCUCUGUUCUGUCUGGUCCUCUCUGUUCUGUCUGAUCCUCUCUGUUCUGUCUGGUCCUCUCUGUUCUGUCUGGUCCUCUCUGUUUUGUCUGAGCCUCUCUGUUCUGUCUGGUCCUCUCUGUUUUGUCUGGUCCUCUCUGUUCUGUCUGAUCCUCUCUGGUCUGUCUGAUCCUCUCUGUUCUGUCUGGUCCUCUCUGUUUUGUCUGAUCCUCUCUGGUCUGUCUGGUCCUCUCUGUUCUGCCUGAUCCUCUCUGGUCUGCCUGAUCCUCUCUGUUCUGUCUGGUCCUCUCUGUUCUGUCUGGUCCUCUCUGUUCUGUCUGGGCCUCUCUGUUCUGUCUGGUCCUCUCUGUUCUGUCUGAUCCUCUCUGUUCUGUCUGAUCCUCUCUGUUCUGUCUGGUCCUCUCUGUUCUGUCUGGGCCUCUCUGUUCUGUCUGGUCCCCUCUGUUCUGUCUGAUCCUCUCUGUUCUGUCUGGUCCUCUCUGUUCUGUCUGGUCCUCUCUGUUCUGUCUGAUCCUCUCUGUUCUGUCUGGUCCUCUCUGUUCUGUCUGAUCCUCUCUGUUCUGUCUGAGCCUCUCUGUUCUGUCUGGUCCUCUCUGUUCUGUCUGGUCCUCUCUGUUCUGUCUGGGCCUCUCUGUUCUGUCUGGUCCUCUCUGUUCUGUCUGAUCCUCUCUGUUCUGUCUGAUCCUCUCUGUUCUGUCUGGUCCUCUCUGUUCUGUCUGAUCCUCUCUGUUCUGUCUGGUCCUCUCUGUUUUGUUCUGUCUGGUCUUCUCUGUUCUGUCUGAUCCUCUCUGUUCUGUCUGGUCCUCUCUGUUCUGUCUGAUCCUCUCUGUUCUGUCUGGUCCUCUCUGUUCUGUCUGGUCCUCUCUGUUCUGUCUGAUCCUCUCUGUUCUGUCUGGUCCUCUCUGUUCUGUCUGGUCCUCUCUGUUCUGUCUGGUCCUCUCUGGUCUGUCUGAUCUUCUCUGUUCUGUCUGGUCCUCUCUGGUCUGUCUGGUCCUCUCUGUUCUGUCUGGUCCUCUCUGUUCUGUCUGGUCCUCUCUGUUCUGUCUGGUCUUCUCUGUUCUGUCUGGUCCUCUCUGUUCUGUCUGGUCCCCUCUGUUCUGUCUGGUCCUCUCUGGUCUGUCUGAUCCUCUCUGUUUUGUCUGGUCCUCUCUGUUCUGUCUGGUCCUCUCUGGUCUGUCUGAUCCUCUCUGUUCUGUCUGGUCCUCUCUGUUCUGUCUGGUCCUCUCUGUUCUGUCUGGUCCCCUCUGUUCUGUCUGGUCCUCUCUGUUCUGUCUGGUCCUCUCUGUUCUGUCUGGUCCUCUCUGUUCUGUCUGAUCCUCUCUGUUCUGUCUGGUCCUCUCUGUUCUGUCUGGUCCUCUCUGUUCUGUCUGGUCCUCUCUGUUCUGUCUGGUCCUCUCUGUUCUGUCUGGUCCUCUCUGUUCUGUCUGAGCCUCUCUGUUCUGUCUGAGCCUCUCUGUUCUGUCUGGGCCUCUCUGUUCUGUCUGGUCCUCUCUGUUCUGUCUGAUACUCUCUGUUCUGUCUGGUCCUCUCUGUUCUGUCUGGUCCUCUCUGUUCUGUCUGGUCCUCUCUGUUCUGUCUGAUCCUCUCUGUUCUGUCUGGUCCUCUCUGGUCUGUCUGGUCCUCUCUGUUCUGUCUGGUCCUCUCUGGUCUGUCUGGUCCUCUCUGUUCUGUCUGAUCCUCUCUGUUCUGUCUGGUCCUCUCUGUUCUGUCUGGUCCUCUCUGUUCUGUCUGGUCCUCUCUGUUCUGUCUGGUCCUCUCUGGUCUGUCUGAUCUUCUCUGUUCUGUCUGGUCCUCUCUGUUCUGUCUGGUCCUCUCUGUUCUGUCUGGUCCUCUCUGUUCUGUCUGGUCCUCUCUGUUCUGUCUGGUCCUCUCUGGUCUGUCUGAUCUUCUCUGUUCUGUCUGGUCCUCUCUGUUCUGUCUGAUCCUCUCUGUUCUGUCUGGUCCUCUCUGGUCUGUCUGAUCUUCUCUGUUCUGUCUGGUCCUCUCUGUUCUGUCUGGUCCUCUCUGUUCUGUCUGGUCCUCUCUGUAUUGUCUGAUCCUCUCUGGUCUGCCUGAUCCUGUCUGUGUGUGUGUGUGUGUGUGUGUGUGUGUGUGUGUGUGUGUGUGUGUGUGUGUGUGUGUGUGUGUGUGUGAGAUAUAGUUGUCUGUCACCUGUCAUGUCCCCUGUCUUUGUUCAACUAUGGUACACUGAAAGUGUGUAUCAUAAGUGUGUAUCAUUAAUGAACUCAUAGGUGAGCCCCUCUGUGUGUGUGUGUGUGUAUGUAUGUAUAUAUAAGAUAAGGUUGUGUCCCUGUCUUAGUUGAGCUAUGGCACACUGGAAGUGGGUACAGUAGCAUUGCUCUGGUCUGAACACGUUUUCUGGGUUUGGUGGUGUUGGUCAUGACGAGGCGAUAACAUGAGGAAUGACUGAAGGAGUCCUGUGUUUCUGUGAGUUACGGCUGUUAGAGCCACUCUCAGUCAAACCAACGCGUUACGGCUAAUUCCUUCAUCAAGGUAUUUCCCCACUCUGCAGCCUCAUAAUGUAUCCGAUUGGUCAACUGUGUGUUGGGAAUUGUCAUAUUCACGUGUGAAGUGUAUGAAUCCAAGAUGAGAUCAGACAGCGAUGUAAUACCGGUUUAAUGCAACGCGUUCAUUCAUCGUCUGAAAGGGUUUGGGUCUAAAGUUGUGUGAGUUCAGAAUGUCUUUAUGCGUCUUUAGUGUAAAGUGGAGCAGGAUGUGGACCCAUGCAUUAUUACUGGUUCUUGGCUUUUCAAAGGCACGCCAUCUUUUAUGAUUUGUAAUGCCCAUAAUGGAUGGGAACCUCAAAGACAUUUAAAUAUCCUCUUAAUGUUAAACAUGAUAUCAGAGAUGUCAUAGCGAACCAAUUUCGUGAAUGUCAAAAGUCUAUUAGGAGAAAGCAUUUCAGAGUGAGAACAUUUUCUGAUCCAAAAUGACAAAUCUCUUUAUUAAUGACAGAUGAUACAGGUGCCCUGUCCCUAAAUCAGACUAGAUCCAUAUUAAUGACAGAUGAUACAUGCAGCUUAUCCCUAAAUCAGACUAGAUCCAUAUUAAUGACAGAUGAUACAUGCAGCUUAUCCCUAAAUCAGACUAGAUCCAUAUUAAUGACAGAUGAUACAUGCAGCUUAUCCCUGAAUCAGACUACAUCCAUAUUAAUGACAGAUGAUACAGGCACCCUUUCCCUAAAUCAGACUAGAUUCAUAGGAUAGUAUUCCAUUAGGUUGGUUUAUCUCACUGAGGUGACAGCACAUUUCCUGCAGACAUGAUUCAUUUACAAUCUGAGGAUGUUACCCUUCCACCUGCCCCUGCCCCCGUCCACCAACUGGGGCCAAAGACCUCAUCAACAAUUUAGCACUGACACUCAAGCCUAUUACGUUACCCCCCCCCCCCCCCCCCCCCCCCCCCAAGGGUGUGUUUGAAUAUGGCCCUGUAAGACAUACUGUCUAUGAUGAUAUGUUUGAUUAGAAAGUAGCUUGUGGUUUGCUAGCAUGUGUAGGCUAUCUGUGGUUCUGGCUUCAUAUCGCUGGUGUUUCCCCUAGAAGUCUUUAAUUUAUUCAUAUCUAUUGUUUAAUUAUCUAUUUUAAUGACAUGCAUUUUCUAUUUUACUCUUAUGAUCACAAAACAGUGACAACGUGCCAGCCUGUCGGUCUGUAGAGUAAUACUCAGUAAUACUCAAUAAUACUCAGUAAUACUCAGUAAUACUCAGUAAUACUCAGUAAUACUCGGUAAUACUUGGUAAUACUCGGUAAUACCCAAUAAUACCCAAUAAUACUCAGUAAUAAUCAAUAAUCACCAGUAAUACUCAAUAAUACUCAGUAAUACUCAGUAAUACUAAGUAAUACUCAGUAAUACUAAGUAAUACUCGGUAAUACCCAAUAAUACUCAGUAAUAAUCAAUAAUCACCAGUAAUACUCAGUAAUACUCAGCAAUACUCAAUCAUACUCAAUAAUAAUCAGUAAUACUCAGCAAUAUUCAAUAAUAAUCAGUAAUACUGCAAGUAUUACAGCGAAUAGGAAUAUUAAUUUCCUCUUUGAAGUUGAAGACAUUUGGGAAACAUCUUGGGCUCUUUAGAACGUGUCCGGACUCGAAGGUUAUUUGUUUCUCUCUGUAACAGCCAAGUGGUGGUGAGAACCGUUGAUACCUCACACGGAGUCACACAGAUCUUAAUGGCAAUCAGGAGACUGAUAGCUAAACACAGCCUCUAGUUUCAUCCCCUAUAUCUCUUUCAGUAUUUUAAUGUAUUUUCCACUGUAUAUCAGUUGACAGAAAAAAAUGAUAGAAAGCAUAAAUGUUCAAUCUGAAUGGAAAAUACUUUAUUUAGUGACGUAACACAUUGUAUACUUUAUGUAGAACCUUCUACUUUAUGUUAUACCUGUUGAUGUUGUUGAUGAUGAUGAAGACUUUAUAACCUAGAGGUCCCUGGGGGAGGCAUAGGCUUAUUGUAUGUGUAUGAUACCAAGACAGGCAUGCUAACCUUAGUAGCCUACGAAUAGAAAGUGUUCCUAGUAUGCUCCCUGACCAAGGGAAGGAUGCUCCCUGACCAAGGGAAGAAUUCUCCAUGACCAAGGGAAGAAUGCUCCCUGACCAAGGGAAGAAUUCUCCCUGACCAAGGGAAGAAUUCUCCCUGACCAAGGGAAGAAUGCUCCCUGACCAAGGGAAGAAUUCUCCAUGACAAAGGGAAGAAUUCUCCAUGACCAAGGGAAGAAUUCUCCAUGACCAAGGGAAGAAUUCUCCAUGACCAAGGGAAGAAUGCUCCCUGACCAAGGGAAGAAUUCUCCCUGACAAGGGAAGAAUUCUCCCUGACCAAGGGAAGGAUGCUCCCUAACCAAGGGAAGUAUUCUCCCUGACCAAGGGAAGUAUUCUCCCUGACCAAGGGAAGAAUUCUCCCUGACCAAGGGAAUGAUUCUCCCUGACCAAGGAAAGGAUUCUCCAUGACCAAGGGAAGAAUUCUCCCUUACCAAGGGAAGAAUUCUCCAUGACCAAGGGAAGAAUGCUUCCUGACCAAGGGAAGAAUUCUCCCUGACCAAGGGAAGAAUUCUCCCUGACCAAGGGAAGGAUGCUCCCUAACCAAGGGAAGAAUGCUCCCUGACCAAGGGAAGUAUUCUCCCUGACCAAGGGAAGUAUUCUCCCUGACCAAGGGAAGGAUGCUCCCUGACCAAGGGAAGAAUUCUCCCUGACCAAGGGAAGAAUGCUCCCUUACCAAGGGAAGAAUUCUCCCUGACCAAGGGAAUGAUUCUCCCUGACCAAGGGAAGGAUGCUCCCUGACCAAGGGAAGGAUGGCUACAUGCUGCAUUGCCUCUGAUCAUCAUGUUGGGCUCAGUCGAGCCAUGUUACUGCAUGGUGUAAACAGACUUUGAACCAUGUUCUCAUGUUGUGGAGACUAUCUUUAGUCAUUUGUAAAAGCCGUUUCGCUUGUUGGAUUGAUUGGUCACCUAGAACUAAACUAAUGUUGUCUAGUGACCCAGUAGACGCACCGCAAACUGUCAUGCCAUGUCUUUAAUAGUUGGCUGUUGAGAGAUUUUAUGGAGGCUGUUUUUAGUACUUGCUCUUAUGGUGUAAUUGAGACCUGAAACCUGACAGAAGACUCUUCUAGAAGGCUCCAGGGUCUGCAUCCCAAAUGGCAGCCUAUUCACUAUAUAGUGCAUGGGGCUCUGGUCAACAGUAGUGCACUAUAUAGUGAAUUUGGGACACAGCUAGGCCGAUUCUUGGAUGUGUUGACUUUUCACAAACUUCUCACCAGGUCGCAGUAUGCACACAAAACUGUGUGGACUGGUGUAAUGCUUUAAACAUACCACCAUGGGGCGUGAGGGGAUUGGACAACAGCCAUAAUGACCGCCUUUACACAGGCAGCCCAAUUCUGAGCUUUUGCCUAAUUAUUGGCGAAAGAGUUGAUCUGAUUGGUUAAAAGAGUUGAUCUGAUUGGUCAAAAGAUAAAUGAGUGGAAAAAGAUCCGAAUUGGGCUGCCUGUGUAAACGCAGCCAUGGUAAUCCUAUCCACCACUCUGGCAUUUGGAGGAGAAAGAUGGAUUAGGAUCAUUUUGAUGAUUUUGGUUGUGAAGUGAAGGAACAAGGAACAUGAUCGGGGAUCUUUCUUGGAACUGUGGUAUGUGUGUCAUGCCUGCCAUGCAACUUUGUGUCAUUUUUCAUUGGAUGUAAUUCAUCGUUUAAAAACCACCAGAAUAUCAUUUAACUAUAGUGCUUUUACCUCUUCCUCAGGCGGCGAAAAGACCACACAGCCAUCAUGUCUGAGUGAGUAAAAGUGGAUUUCAACAUUAUGGAAAAGUCUACAGAAUAUUUGGCAUUUAUCCAGAAUUGUCUUUCUUUUACAAAACUUUUUUUUUUUUAUGGUCAUACCUGUUCAUGAACAACAAGAUAAUGACAUUGAUUGUACUCACGUUUUCUGACAGGAAAAAGAUGUCAUCGAGCCGCAAGCAUCAUCUGAAGGUAACCAACGGCAACGUUCUUGACCUCUUCAUGACCUCUCUAAGAUUCUAUCCGUUCAGUGACUCAACAGACCUUAUAGAAACAGCUUAGAUAUCUCUUACCUCUUAAGCAUCAUGACAAAAAUGCCACUUGUGAUUUGUACGAUUUACACAAACAAUCCAACCGCUUUCUGAUAACAAGUGUUAUAUUACAAAUCAAAAAUAUAAAAGACAAUCACUGUUUUGAGGCCUAUCCCUUAGCAAGACAUGACUAUAUUAAAAACAAGAAACUACAUUUUAAGUGCGAAUAGGUAUUGGUCUGAAGGCGAAAAAAAAGACAGGAAUUUCACAUGAACACCACAAUGCCUAUUCCACCCAUGCUCUACCAAGGGUUUCCAGCACACAGCUUUGACCUACUACAGUAGCUGUGUUGGUAUUGUACUUCAAACUAUGUGUAGGCAGGUUGCUUAGGGUUCAAACCUUCUACCAUAACUAGAUCUACACCUUUUAAACCCAACACUCCAAUUUAAAUAUAAAUGUAAUGUAAAUGUACAGUUGAAGUCGGAAGUUUACAUACACCUUAGCCAAAUACAUUUUAAACUCAGUUUUUCACAAUUCCUGAAAUGUAAUCCUAGUAAAGAUUCCCUGUCUUAGGUCAGUUAGUGUCACGACUUCCGCCGAAGUUGGUUUCCUCUCCUUGUGCGGGCGGCUAUCGGCGGUCGUCGUCACCGGCUUUCUAGCUGCCACCGAUCUAUGUUUCUGUUUUCCAUUUGUUUUGUCUUGUUUGUACACACCUGGUUCCCAUCAAGUUAUGAUUAUUUCCCUAUUUAACCCUCUGGUUUCCUCAUGGUUUUGUGCGUGAUUGUUCUUUGUUUUGGUGUUUAUGACUGCUGUGAGCUGGUUUAUUUCCCUGCAUGGAAAUUAGAUUGUUUCUUUUAGAGUAAAGUUUGUCUGUUACUCAGUUCUGUGUCCUGCGCCUGACUCCGUCCUAUCGCUGCACACUGACACCUGACAGUUAGGAUCACCACUUUAUUUGAAGAAUGUGAAAUGUCAGAAUAAUAGUAGAGAGAAUGAUUUAUUUCAGCUUUUAUUUCUUUCAUCACAUUCCCAGUGAAUCAGAAGUUUACAUACACUCAAUUAGUAUUUGGUAGCAUUGCCUUUAAAUUGUUUAACUUGGGUCAAAUGUUUCGGGUAGCCUUCCAAAAGCUUCCCACAAUAAGAUGGGUGAAUUUUGGCCCAUUCCUCCUGACAGAGCUGGUGUAACUAAGUCAGGUUUGUAGGCCUCCUUGCUCGCAUGCGCUUUUUCAGUUCUGCCCACACAUUUUCUAUAGGAUUGAGGUCAGGGCUUUGUGAUGGCCACUCCAAUACCUUGACUUUGUUGUCCUUAAGGCAUUUUGCCACAACUUUGGAAGUAUGCUUGGGGUCAUUGUCCAUUUGGAAGACCCAUUUGCGACCAAGCUUUAACUUCCUGACUGAUGUCUUGAGAUGUUGCUUCAAUAUAUCCACAUAAUUUUCCUUCCUCAUGAUGCCAUCUAUUUUGUGAAGUGCACCAGUCCCUCCUGCAGCAAAGCACCCCCACAGCAUGAUGCUGCCACCCCCGUGCUUCAAAGUUGGGAUGGUGUUCUUUGGCUUGCAAGCCUUCCCCUUUUUCCUCCAAACAUAACGAUGGUCAUUAUGGCCAAACAGUUCUAUUUUUGAUUCAUCAGACCAGAGGACAUUUCUCCAAAAAGUACGAUCUUUGUCCCCAUGUGCAGAUGCAAACCGUAGUCUGGCUUUUUUAUGGCGGUUUUGGAGCAGUGGCUUCUUCCUUGCUGAGCGGCCUUUCAGGUUAUGUCGAUAUAGGACUUGUUUUACUGUGGAUAUAGAUACUUUUGAGCUUUUACAAGGUCCUUUGCUGUUGUUCUGGGAUUGAUUUGCACUUUUUGCACCAAAGUACGUUCAUCUCUAGGAGACAGAACACGUCUCCUUCCUGAGCGGUAUGACGGCUGCGUGGUCCCAUGGUGUUUAUACUUGCGUACUAUUGUUUGUACAGAUUAAUGUGGUACCUUCAGGCAUUUGGAAAUUGCUCCCAAGGAUGAACCAGACUUGUGGAGGUCUACAAUUUAUUUUCUGAGGUCUUGGCUGAUUUCUUAUGAUUUUCCCAUGAUGUCAAGCAAAGAGGCACUGAGUUUGAAGGUAGGCCUUGAAAUACAUUCACAGGUACACCUCCAAUUGACUCAAAUGAUGUCAAUUAGCCUAUCAGAAGCUUCUAUAGCCAUGAUAUAAUUUUCUGGAAUUUUCCAAGCUGUUUAAAGGCACAGUCAAUGUAGUGUAGGUAAACUUCUGACCCACUGGAAUUGUGAUACAGUGAAUUAUAAGUGAAAUAAUCUGUCUGUAAACAAUUGUUGGAAAAAUUACUUGUGUCAUGCACAAAAUAGAUGUCCUAACCGACUUGCCAAAACAAUAGUUUGUUAACAAUACAUUUUUAAGGGGUUGAAAAACAAGUUUCAAUGACUCCAACCUAAGUGUAUGUAAACUUCCGACUUCAACUGUACACAUGUGAAGUGCUUUAGAUAAAGCAUCUGCCAAGUACAUUAAUUAAAUCGGUUGCUGUGUUGUUUCUGUCCCCCAGAGCAUAAUGCUCCAGAUCGCCCAGGAACUGAUAGCGGCAGAGGAAGCCCAGUCGUUAGAGGACAGGAAGCAGUACAUGAGUGAAAAUGUCGCUCCCCUGCAGCUCCCAGGAUCCAUCGCAGAACUCCAGGUAUCACAUAAGCUGCUUUGAGACAGGCAGACAAAUUCUGAUAUUUGUUUUCACUAAUUGGUCUUUUGACCAAUCAGCUCUGACCUGAUGUGAUUGGUCAAAAGACCAAUUAGUAGAAACAAUAUCAGAAUUGGGCUGCCCUCUAUAAUCAAUCAAAUUAAAUACAUCAAAAUCCAGUUGUAGUUUUUAUCAUUUCCUUUCACAAUAUAACAAUACAAUGACUACAUUUUACAUUAUUGAUAGCCCUUUUAACAACAGUGUUUGUAAUGUAACACAUUGGCUCUCUGUCUCGUGUUAUGAGUCGCUGUGAUUGUCUCUGAACAGGACCUGUGCAAGAAGUUGCACCAGAAGAUUGAUGUGAUGGAUGAGGAGAGAUACGACCUGGGCAGCAAAGUUGGCAAAAGUGACAAAGAGGUGGGGUUAUAUCUGAUAUACUGUAGUGAUAAAGAGGUGGGGUUAUAUCUGAUAUACUGUAGUGAUGAAGAGGUGGGGUUAUAUCUGAUAUACUGUAGUGAUGAAGAGGUGGGGUUAUAUCUGAUAUACUGUAGUUAUAAAGAGGUGGGGUUAUAUCUGAUAUACUGUAGUGAUAAAGAGGUGGGGUUAUAUCUGAUAUACUGUAGUGAUGAAGAGGUGGGGUUAUAUCUGAUAUACUGUAGUGAUAAAGAGGUGGGGUUAUAUCUGAUAUAAUGUAGUGAUGAAGAGGUGGGGUUAUAUCUGAUAUACUGUAGUUAUAAAGAGGUGGGGUUAUAUCUGAUAUACUGUAGUGAUAAAGAGGUGGGGUUAUAUCUGAUAUACUGUAGUGAUGAAGAGGUGGGGUUAUAUCUGAUAUACUGUAGUGAUAAAGAGGUGGGGUUAUAUCUGAUAUACUGUAGUGAUGAAGAGGUGGGGUUAUAUCUGAUAUACUGUAGUUAUAAAGAGGUGGGGUUAUAUCUGAUAUACUGUAGUGAUGAAGAGGUGGGGUUAUAUCUGAUAUACUGUAGUGAUGAAGAGGUGGGGUUAUAUCUGAUAUACUGUAGUGAUGAGGAAAGAGGUGGGUUUAUAUGAUGAUUACUGCGUUGAUGAAGAGGUGGGGUUAUAUUGAGAUACUGUAGUGUGACAGAGGUGGGUUAUACUGAUCUACUGUUAGUGAUAAAGAGGUGGGGUUAUAUCUGAUAUUACUGUAUGAUGAAGAGGUGGGGUUUAUCUGAUAUACGUAGUGAUGAAGAGGUGGGGUUAUAUCUGAUAUACUGUAGUGAUAAAGAGGGGGGGUUAUAUCUGCUAUAACUGUAGGAUGAAGAGGGUGGGGUUAUAUAUGAUUGAGAUUACUGUAGUGAUAAAGAGGUGGGGUUAUAUCUGAUUAUACUGUAGUGAUGAAGAUGAGAGGUGGGGUUAUAUCUGAUAUACUGUUAGUUAUAAGAGGUGGGGUUAGAUCUGAUAUACUAUAUGCUGAAGAUGGUGGGUUAUAUCUGAUAUACUGUUAGUGUGAAAGAGGUGGGGUUAUAUCUGAUAUACUGUAGUGAUGAAGAGUGGGGUUAUAUCUGUAUAUACUGUAGUGAUAAGAGGUGGGGUUUAUAUCUGAUAUAUGUAGUGAUGAAGAGGUGGGGUUAUAAUCUGAUAUACUGUAGUGAUGAAGAGGUGGGGUUAUAUCUUAUAUACUGUAGUGAUGAAGAGGUGGGGGUUAUAUCUGAUAUACUGUAGUGAUGAGAGGUGUGGGUUAUAUCUGAUAUACUGUAGUGAUAAAGAGGUGGGGGGGUUAUAUCUGUAGUGAUGAAGGAGGUGGUUAAUUGAGAUACUGUAGUGAUGAAGAGGUGGGGUUAUAUCUGAUUACUGUAGUGAUGAAAGAGGUGGGGUUAUAGCUGAUAUACUGUAGUGAUGAAGAGGUGGGUUAUAUGAAUCUGUAGUGAUAGAAGGUGGGGUUAUAUCUGAUUAGUAGUGAAAAGAAGGGGGGUUAUAGCUGAUAUAAACUGUAGUGUAUGAAGAGGUGGGUUAUAUCUGAUAUACUGUAGUGAUGAAAGAGGUGGGGGUUAUAUCUGAUAUACUGUAGUGAUAAAGAGGUGGGGUUAUAAUCUGAUAUACUGUAGUGUAAGAGGUGGGGUUAUAUCGAUAUCUGAGUUAUAAAGAGGGGGGGUUUUUUCUGAUAUAUGUAGUGAUGAAAGGGGGGGGUUAUAUUGAUAUACGUAUUUGGAAGGGUUUUUGGGGGAUAUUGGAUUCUGUAGUGAUUAAGAGUGGGGGGGGGGAAAUUAUAUAUGUAGUGAAAAAAAGAGGGGGGUUUUUAUUUGAUUUGUGGGAGAGGUGGGGGGGGGGGGGGGGGGGGGGGGGGGGGGGGGGGGGGGGGGGGGGGGGGGGGGGGGGGGGGGGGGGGGGGGGGUUUUUUUGGGUUAAAGUUUGGGGUUUCCUGGGCUUCUUUUUUUUUUUUUUUUUUCUUCUUUAACUUUAUUUUUUUUUUUUUUUUUUUUUCUUGUUGUUUUUUUUCCCUUUUUUUUUUUGGGUUUGGUUUUUUUUUUUCUUUUCCCCAUUUUUUCCCCCGUUUUUCCCCCCCCCCCCCCCUUUUUCCCCCCUUGCAAAGGUUUUUGUUUUCUUCUUUUUUUCUCCCCCUUCCUCUCUCUUCCCCCUGCCCCCCUUUCUUCCCCCCUCCUCCCCCUUCUUCUCUCUUCUCCUUCCUCUCCUUCUCCCUCUUCUUUCUCCUUCUUCUUUUCUUCUCUCUCUCUUCCCCUUUCCCUUUUUUUUUAAAAAAAUUUUGGGGGACCUAAAGGGGAAAAUUUAAAAGCCCCUAAAAAGAAAGAGAGCCCCGAGAUCCUAGGCUGGGGGGGCCCCAAAACCGGGUCCAACAGGGAAAACCUAAAACAAAAAAAAAAAGGGGGUCAAGGGGGGGGGGGGGGUUGCUUCCAAUUAAAAAAUUAUUUAGAUUUGUUUUGAAGUUCGAGGAUUCCACUUCUGACACCAAAUGUUAUUAUACAAAUAUUGUGAGCGCAAUCACUGCCACAGUCGGCUGAGACCUUAGCAAGUGGUGAAACUACUGUGAUUGUGUGUAUAUAGUUAGGCCAUUUCAACUCAGCACUCCAAUGUGGAUGAUUUUUAUUUGGGAUGAAUUGUUGUGUUACUCAAGUGAUAUGCACAUAUAGAAACAAACCUACACGGAUCAAACAUCAAAAAUCUAGACUAAUAUAUUUUGAUCUACUUCUCUUCCCACCCAGGACAAAGAGUCUGUGGGUGACUGGCGUAAGAACAUUGAAGACAAAUCAGACAGAAAGAAGAUGUUUGAGACCGUUUGA